AGUGUCUCAGUUACUAAACCGAUUUCAAGAACUACGGACGUUUCACUCGGCCCUUGCUAAGUGGCGUGUGCUACAAUUAAGUAACGGGCAGAGACAUUUCACAAAAAAAAAAAUACAAAAUAAAGAAAAACAAAUAAUACAAAAAAGAAAACCCCCAAAACGAAAACAACAAUGAAACCAGCCACAAAAACCCCAACAAAUGUAUAUUAAACAAGAAAUGAAUAAAUAGACACAACCGAGAAAACAUAUACCCACACAAGAAAAAAAACAAUAGCAUACCAGUUGGAACAACUGGGCUAUUUUAUACAUAACUCCCCAAACCCUUCGUUCAAUACAACGACGACCAGUAGACAACAACAACAUCAACCAAAAAGCCAGAAAAUCGGAAAAUCAAAUCAUCAAAUUGCACCGAUUGGUUGGCUUCUCUCCAUAAAAUGUAAUACGAAAGUUAACAAAAAUACACAAAAUCAAGGACUCAUCCCGUGUGGUUUACUGGGAGGCGUCAGACAUUAAAGCCCUUUAAAGCCUCGUUUUUGAUGGAAAUGUUUUAAGGAAAACGUGAUCGGAUUGCCAAAGUCAAAGAGAAUCGACAAAUGCACCACCAAAAGGAAAAAUAAACCAAAUAAUUUGGUAAAAAGAAAAAAACCGUUGCCAAAUAAAAGUCGACGACCUAAAAAAAAAAACCAAGACACAUACACACACAAACAAACACAUAUGUACACAUAAUCUAAUAUUCGGAUAUGCCUUGUAAAUAAAACAUCAUAAAUAUUUAGGAUCUAGGCAACUACGCUUAUAACGACAACUGAAACCAGGAGAAGGGAACACACCUUUUCGAAUUUCAAAUAAACACGAUUCUCAUUCUAGUCGCGAAACUUUCACAAUUAUACAGAUAAUCGUCACACGGUGAAACACUAAAACAUUAACUAAACAAUAACAACAACCUCCCCCACCAAAAAUAACAACAAGCAAACAAAGGAAAUAUAUAUCUUCUAUAUAUUAUAUAAUAUAAAAAGUAAAAAAAAAAACCAACAAAAAACUAAAGAACAGAAGAGAAGAACCAAGAAAACCAACAAAAGUAAACCGAUAGAAACAAGCGCUACAGCCAAAAGUAUUCCAAAUUACCAUCAAUGUGCGGAUGAUCUGCAAAGACCUGCUUAUAAGACGGUCCCCAUAGCGAGAAAAUCGCAACCACCUCCUCUAUAAGGGCAAUCGAUCCGGAGACGGACCAGGAAACAUAACCGGAUAACCGGUUAUCCGGAGCCGGAGUCUCACGGAAAAGAGAAAGAUAGAAAGAGACAGAAGCCCAAGGAUUCGACUGAAGAAGGGUCAAGAUGCAUAUUGAAAUCCAGGUCGCUCUGAACUUUGUCAUAUCCUAUCUCUAUAACAAAUUGCCGCGCAGACGUGUAAAUAUAUUCGGCGAGGAGCUAGAGAAGGCGUUACGCGACAAGUUCCAGGGUCAUUGGUACCCCGAAAAGCCCUUCAAGGGCUCUGCAUAUCGCUGCCUAAAGACCGGCGAUCCUAUUGAUUCGGUGCUAGAACGAGCGGCCAGGGAAAGUGGAGUGCCAAUCGGCGAUAUCCUUGAAAACUUGCCAAAUGAACUCUCCGUUUGGGUAGAUCCCGGCGAGGUAUCAUUCCGCAUCGGCGAAAAGGGAGCAGUGAAGAUACUUUACACGGAGAACAAUGAGAAUCACGAGGACAGCCAUUCGGCGGACCGAGAGGUCACCAAGAUGUUCAAUCCGGAGGCGCAGUGUUUUCGACCCAUCGAUGCGGUGAACACAACCAUGAACAACCUGAGCCUCAGUCCCAAGGCGCUUCCAUUGGCGCUGCCCAUCCAGGCGGGAUCCUCGCCCCAUUCGGCUGCCUCCAGUUCGCCCACCUACAAGGGCAGCCCAAAUCCCACGAUUUCCGGCAGCUGCAGCUCUGGCGGCUCCGGAGUGGGCUCCGGAACGGGUUCCGGCGGUUCUGGAUCGGGAUCGAACCUGGGACCCGGUCCGAAUACCGCUCCUGUUACCGUUUUACCCGGAGGAGGAAAUGGUGCCACCGCCAAUGCCGCCGCAGCGGCAUUCAUGCAACGCGGCGCCCAGGCGCCAUUGACCUUCACCACGGCCACCUUUGCGCAGACUAAAUUCGGCAGCACCAAGCUGAAGACCAGCUCCAAGCGCACAAACAGCAGCGCCUACCGCAUGUCGCCCACUGAGUUCUCCAACUACAUAAAGCAGCGUGCGAUGCAACAGCAGAUGCACCAUGGCCAUGGAGUUGUUUCCACCGGAGGAUCAUCGGUAUCGGCGGCCUUUGGCGGCGGCUGCCUGGAUGCCGUUUCUCCAGCACGUUCUCUAUCGCCGAAUCCUUUGUCGCUGAAUCAAAAUCAGCAAAAUGCCGGCGGAAACGGAACAGGAACAUCCGCAGAUCCAUUUUACUAUCCAAACAUCGGCGCAAUUGGCCUGUAUCCGCAAUUUGGCAAUCCUCGCAGCCUCUUCGAUUCGCACUUCAAUGCCACGGAUGCCAGUGGCUUGGGACUCUUUGGAGGAGCAUCCGCUUCCGGUGGUGGUGGUGGAGGAGCAUCUGUUGCUGCUGGAGUGACUAACAAGUAUAGUACUUAUUUGGAGCCAUGCUAUUUCGGUGGUCAGCAACAACAACAACAACAACAACAACGUGCCAAUGGAAUGGAUCGUCCAAAUAAUAGUAGCGAAAAUUGCUUUGGACUCAAUGUGGAUUGUCUCGAGGAUGCAUCUGCAUCUGGAUCCUCAUCAUCGGCUGCCCAGGCGGCUGCUGCAGCUGCUGCUGUGGCUGUUGCAGUUGCCAUUGCUGGGGAUUCAUCGCAGGAUAAUAGUCCACUUGGUACGCCCACUGUGCAACAACAACAACUUCCGGAAAUGACAACAACGGCAUCAUCAUUGACAACAACAUCGACGACAACAAGUACUUCUUCUUCCACUUCCUCUACCAACAACCAUCAACAACAGACUCAACAACAACAACAGCAGCAACCACAACAGGAACAACCGUCCUCAUCAUCGGGAAACAACAACAGCAACAACAAUAAUCAGAAUAAUCAGAAUAACAACAACAGCAAACUGAUUGAUGGCAUCAGCUCUUUCUACGGCACUGGAUCAUCGUAUCAACAACUAUUGGUGGCCAACUAGAAGAGCUCUUCCCUUGAAACUAGUCACCGAAAAGAAGAAGAGAAUCCACCAUAGUUAUUAAUAUAAUAUAUAUAGAUAAAUAUCAAGAUGGUGUGGAAAAACAGCUAAAGAUAUAGGUAGAGCAUUUGGGGAUCCAAACUUCCGAUCCCACUUUCAAGAUACUUGGGUUUAGGAAAGGACUGACAACAGACUCGGUGGAGUGGAGGAUUUGGAGAUAACGUUAUGAAUAUGGAUAUAUUACCAUCAUCAUCAUCAGAAUCUGAAUCAGAGGAGGAGGGACAAUAUAACUCUAUAUAUAUGAAAAACAAUUAACACCCCCAACAACAUCUUUUGCCAUUUUCGAUAGUAAUGUAACAAGUGUCCUUGCUAAAAAGAACAGCCACAUAUGGAUGCAUAUCUGAAAAAAAAAACUCUAUAAGAAGGAUUCGAUACGAUGUUGACACACCCACACACAGACAGACAAAAAUGGUGUUUUAUGAAGCUGUUUGCAAUUGUAUAUACAGAUGCAUAUAUAUAUAUAUUUGGAUAGGGCCAUAUCAAAUGGUACCUAUAAUUGUAGAUAUGUACGCGUGUUGUAUAUACAGAUAUAUAUCAGCCAUAAAUAAUAUUUAUUUUGUUAUUAAAUUCAGCAUAGACAGAGCAAAGUGAAGUUUCUUUCUGGUAUUUCUGGUAUCAGAGAAGCGGCAUGCAUAUAGAAUAAAUAACUACAAAUUAUUCAGUGUACAAGAAGUGUAGCCAUCAUCACAAGCAAAUGAUAAAAUGAAAAAUCAACCAAAACAAACCAAUAAGCAACCAGAAAUAUAUAUACAUACAAAUAUAUAUAAAGAGGACAACUAGAAUGUCCCAACUAAUUGUUUUUACUUGUUAAUAAACAUAAUUAUAAAUACAUAUAUUUAAUUAUCCAACUUAGGAUCAACCUUUACAUUAAGUUUUUAAUUAGUUGUAAACACCUAAGAUAAGAUCAUUUUUGUAGAUCAAGUUGCUAUAAAAAAAAAAGCAAAGAAAAGCACGUACAUUGUUGAAUAUAUAAAAAUGCAACUUGCAUACCCUGAGCAUCCUGGCCUGUGAGGAAAGUUUAUUCGCAGUAGAAAGUCCUUCUUCCAAUUCUUUGUAUUUUUAUAAAAUGUUUUUCAUUUUUUUUUGUAUAUAUCCCAGAGAGCUAACUUGCAAAUAUAUUCAGUUUCAAGUACCAUAUGAAAUAUAAACAAAAUAUCUUUAAAUUUUCAUCACAAAAAGUGUUUUGACAGCAUUUGUAAAUAAGAUUUAAGUUGGCUUUAGUACAGUUGUACCUUCUGGUGAGUAAGUUAUUGUGUAUCUUAACUAAAAUCUUCACGAAAGAAUAUCGAAUAAUGUCGCUAAAUUUUAGAAAAAAGGAAAUAUUCUAAAUUGGUAUUAUGGUUUUGAAAUCUAUAUAUAUUAAAAAAGCCUGAAUAAAGUCUAAAAAAUAUUUACAUUUGAAUGAAUCGCAAAAAGAUUUCGGGUUGCUUUUUGGUUGUUACAUAUUUUUGGGACACCCCUGAUAGACUAGGAAAAUUAAACGAAAAAAAACCCACAAAUUUGCUCAAACGAUUAGAAAGUAAACAUUCAAAGGCCACUUAAAAUGCCCAAAUGCACCAGGAGAUAACAUAAAAGUAAUAAUCAUUGAAUUCCUGUAAUGAGUCCUGCGAAAUAUCUUAGUUAAUAGUUUUAUUAUUACGGCACAGCCAUUCAAAGAAGAUAAUACCUAUAAAACUCAAAGACUAGGAACAAGGACUUUUUAUUAUUUCACUAAAGUUCAGUAAUAAUUUGGAAAUGUGACUUUGUAACAAAAACAACUUUUAAGAAACCGUAAAAAAAAAUCGAGUAUCGUUUAUUACCGAAACUAUUCUUUCAGAUGCAUAAAAAGGUAUAAGGCCUCCAAGUCUUUUUAUUUGUCUAAUAAUUUACCCAAAUUUCCCAAAGGAGAUUAUAAUACCAGAUAUAAUGUAAUAGGUACUCGUAUGAUUUUAUUGAUAGUGCCAAGGUCGUCGUCGGGUCACUGCUAGUUCUUUUAUAACCCUAAAUAAAAGUUAUGCAAACUGAGGGAAACUUUUAAGUAAAAAAAGAAAACCCAAACAAAUAAUAAAAUUAAAGAAAAAUUUAUAUUUUCGUUAUGUGUUAAAUUG